AUGGUUUCUGGAUCAACUUGGAAAGUCGUUGAACAUCGUACGAGCAAUGAUAAAUCAAAUAAUGCUGUUAGUGAUAAAGAAAAUCGAAAAGGUUUAUCAUCAGGUAUUACAAUAACAGGAGAAAACAAUUCAAAUUUCAAGUUACUUGAAGUUCGUGAAGUUCACCAUCAGCACAGCAAUAAAAUGAGUUCCAAAAUAAGUAAAAAAGAAAUUUGUUAA